AUGACAACGUUCGGAAACUACGCUGGAACCGAAUCCAAGUCGAAAGCUUUCCAUUACUCGCAAGCUGUCAAAGUAGGAAACGUCGUCCGUAUUUCCGGCCAGGGUGGUUGGGAUGCGGAAGGGAACGUAGCACCAAACGCCGCAAAGCAAGUGGAGCUAGCGCUUGAGAACAUUGAGAAGGCUCUACAAUCUGUCGAAAAGGGCGUGUCCUGGAAGAACGUAUACGCUAUUCGAUCGUACCACACAAACAUCGACGAGUCUGCGGACCUAUGUAUCGAAGGCUGGCGACGCGUCAUGCCUGAUCACCGACCGGUAUGGACAUGUGUCGAGAUUACCAAACUUGGUAUCGAAGGCAUGCAAGUCGAAAUCGAGGUGGAGGCUCUCGUUGAAUUGGAGUGA